AUGAGAGAUAUCAAAAGUAAACGCGUCCAGGCGCUGUUACAAGUGAAGGAUAAGGAAAUACGAAAGAGGGGCCUCGCCGCUGUGAUGAGUUGGGAGUUCGCGGAGUCAUUAUUUGACGAGUAUAUUCCUCAGCCGAUCAAAGUUAGCACCUUUGCCCCAGAUCCAAAUGUAACGGUUGUCUCGGGGAUUGCGACUCGGGACAUGGUGUUCGCGUACUCUGAGUUAAUAGCGGAACUGGUUUCGGACGAAUCCUCGACAUGGCCCGGGAGCGCCCGCAGAACAGCCCUAUUUGGUGACCAAAAAUAUAGCCCGAGCUUGUGGAAUGUCUUGGCCCAUCAAUCGCUCCUGCAUCUUAGACAGGAUUAUCAAACAUUCCUGCGACGCGGUGCACUAAUCACUCCUCCUGCUGUUAUAUCGCCGGCAAUCCCUAAACCCAAGGAUCCGCCAUCGACCCCUCUGAUUCGAAAGGCUAUCUUCAAGGCUCCGCGACAAUCUACUCUUGGAAGUAUGCUAGAUUUAGUUUCGUUGGAUUUGGAGUUCUCGAAGGCUGUCGAGCCAGUGGCAGGCGAAAUGGAGGAACGUGCCAGUGAAAUGCGCAUUUUAGAGUUCUUCCUGUCUGGGGCGCCGUCAUCUGCAGCUUUCCCAGUAGCCAAUGCUCUCCUGGCUCUUGCAUGGGUAGAAUCGCACAAUAGGGAUCUCGUUGUGGGCCGUUGUCCAGCUUUGUUGAAGGAGUCGGCGAUAACAUUGAAUAAAUGGCUUUAUCGAGAGCGCUUGAAUAAGGUCGUUGAAACCGCACGCUUCUUUCAAUCCGCAGUGAAGAAGCGGGGCAUGUUCUCUGUACUCUUUUCGCAGACGGGCUACUGUACCACAGGUGCGCAAACCAAGCUCAGAGCUCACUAGGCAUACAGCGUCAUCUGCACCAUAAAUCUGAUGUUGGCAAUCAUGAUUGUCAGAGCUCACCAGGGGGUGAAAACAUCACUGCACAAUAUGCAUAUCUCCAUUACAGUGU